AUGUGGCAUUGGUCCCGUUUAAGACUUGUUCCUGAAGGCUGGUUCUUGCAUCAGCUGGCCCAACCAUCAGGCAGUCGUUGGAUUGUCAUCAUCUCUCUGUCUCUUCUCAUACUCUCUCUGUCUUCUCUCUCUCUCUCUCUCUCUCUAACUCUCUCAAACUCUCUAACUCUCUCUCAGACUCUCUCUCUCUCUUCUCUCUCAUACUCUCUCUCUCUCUCAAACUCUCUCUCUCUCUCAAACUCUCUCUCUCUCUCUCUCACCAGUCCCCUCACUCCUCUCCUCCUCUUCCUCCUCAUCAUCCUCAUCAUCAUGUUCUCGCGCAAGAUCUCGUCGCGGGAAAAGGCCAACCGCAUUCGGACUGUCCGAGACUUUACCGGUGCCUCUGAGACCGUGGCCAUUGCCUGCCUCGAAGCAUGCGGUUGGCAGACCGAGGCAGCCGUGCAUGCGUUUAUGGCUCACCCCAGCAGUUUUGGUGCAAGCUCGCGCAGCCACCUUGCUUCAGGAACCCCGGCCGUGGACCCAGCCGCCAUUGACAAGCUCUUCGACCAAUACAAGGACAACAAGGAUGCCAUCGAGAUUGACGGCAUCAUCAAGCUCUGCGAGCACCUGGGAGUCGAGCCGGCUGACCCCAUCAUGCUUGUCCUAGCCUACCACGCCAACGCCGAAACCGUCUGCAUCUUUACCAAGUCUGAAUUCCACCAGCUCUGUAGCACGCUUCACAUCAAGAACCAGCAGGAUCUGGUCGACGCAAUCCCGCGGUUACGAUCUCAACUCGAAGACCCCGAAACAUUCAAAGCCGUCUACCGCUUCACUUACCCCUACAGUUGCAACCCAGGCCAAAAGUCCCUUGACUUUAUGCAGGAGACGGAAGGCGAUCUGAGCAAAUAUGAUGCAACAGCUGCCUGGCCGGCCCUGAUUGACGAAUACGUCGAAUGUCAUUCACUCAAACUCUCACAUGCACACACAAAAGUCAAGACACAAGUCAAUUCAAUCUGGGCUAAGCUUAACCCAGCCCAUACAAUCGGUACAAAGGGUUUGCCCUGA